CGGAGGUGUUGCGGCCGCCGCACCGUGAGGGAUCGGCGGGGCUUGCUGCGGCCUCCCUGGGCCCUCCCCGCCCCCGUCGAAUCCCACAGCCCGCCGGUUAUCUCGACCGCCCUCCGCCGCAUCGCAAUUAACUCCGGCGGAAAAGCCCCGCUGCGCUUCCGGCACUGUUCGGGGCGUGUCUGGCCGCGGCGCCACCCGCGUUCUAUGGUCCGCGGCGCUCCCAGGGUCCCCCGCGCCGCGGCCGGUACCCGGGAGGAGCGCGGCGGCGGGCGCUGGCCUGUCCGGGGCCUGUCUUGGCCCGGGGCUGCGCCUGCCCGCGGCCGCCAUGGAGCUGGAGGUGCCUGAGGAAGCGGAGGGCUCGGCCGCAGCGGGUGCCGGUGCCAUCAGUCCGGAGGCCGGCGUGGGGGGACCGGACGCGUCAGGAGGCAUGCCUUCCUCCUCCUCCUCCUCCUCACUGGAGAAGAGCUACCCUGAAACCCACAGCACAAGAUCUGGAGGCUCUGGAAAGCUGGGAAGAGAGGUGACCCAGCUGGCUGGGGCUCAACUCCAAGGUCUGGGCGCAAAGAAGACAGCCAUCACUGAGGGCCCCUCACUGCCAGGACAGCCAGGCCAAGGAAAGAAGAUUGGUCAUCGAAGUGUGGAUGCUUCUGGGGAAACCACCUACAAAAAGACCACCUCGUCCACUCUGAAGGGGGCCAUCCAGCUGGGGAUUGGAUAUACUGUAGGAAAUCUGAGCUCCAAGCCAGAGAGAGAUGUCCUGAUGCAGGACUUCUACGUGGUGGAAAGCAUUUUUUUCCCAAGCGAAGGCAGUAACCUCACCCCGGCUCACCACUACGCCGACUUCAGGUUCAAGACCUAUGCCCCCGUGGCUUUCCGGUACUUCCGAGAGCUCUUUGGGAUUCGUCCAGAUGAUUAUUUGUAUUCGUUAUGUAACGAGCCUCUGAUCGAGCUGUCCAACCCCGGGGCCAGCGGCUCCCUCUUCUAUGUCACCAGCGACGAUGAAUUCAUCAUCAAAACUGUGAUGCACAAGGAAGCUGAAUUCCUGCAGAAGCUUCUUCCUGGAUACUACAUGAAUCUGAACCAGAACCCCCGGACACUGCUGCCCAAGUUUUAUGGACUGUACUGUGUGCAGUCCGGGGGCAAAAACAUCCGCGUGGUCGUGAUGAACAACAUCCUGCCUCGAGUGGUGAAAAUGCACCUGAAAUUCGACCUCAAAGGUUCAACCUACAAACGCCGGGCAUCCAAGAAGGAAAAAGAAAAGUCCAGCCCUACGUACAAGGAUCUGGACUUCAUCCAAGACAUGCCUGAGGGCCUGAUGUUGGAUGCAGACACCUUCAGUGCUUUGGUGAAAACAUUGCAGCGAGACUGUCUGGUAUUGGAAAGCUUUAAAAUCAUGGACUACAGCCUCCUGCUUGGGGUUCAUAACAUAGACCAGCACGAGCGGGAGCAGCUGUCGGAGGGAGCCCACAGCACGUCGGAUGAGAAGCGUCCCGUGGGGCAGAAGGCCCUGUACUCCACAGCCAUGGAGUCCAUCCAGGGAGGGGCUGUGCGGGGGGAGGCCAUCGACACGGACGACACGAUGGGAGGGAUCCCAGCAGUGAAUGGCAAAGGAGAGCGUCUCCUGCUGCACGUAGGAAUCAUAGAUAUCCUGCAGUCAUACAGGUUCAUCAAGAAGUUAGAGCACACCUGGAAGGCCCUUGUCCAUGAUGGGGACACAGUGUCAGUACACAGACCCAGCUUUUAUGCAGAGAGAUUCUUCAAAUUCAUGACCAACACGGUGUUUCGAAAGAAUUCCUCUCUGAAGUCGUCCCCCUCCAAGAAAGGGCGCAGUGCCUUGCUGGCCGUGAAGACGGCGGGUCCCACGGCGGCGUUCUCGGCCAGCCAGCUGGCCUCCGACAAGGACGACACCCAGUACGACCUGCGGGCGGCCAGGAGCUACCCCACGCUGGACGAUGAAGGUGCUAAACCUAACCAGGACAGGGAAGAAGCAGGCAGGCCAGACCUGCUCCCUUGCACUCCUCCUUCCUUUGAAGAAGCUACCACGGCCUCCAUAGCCACGACACUGUCGUCAACAUCUCUCUCUGUUCCCGAGCGAUCCCCCUCGGAGUCCUCUGAGCAGCCCAGGUACAGGAGGCGUACACACUCCUCAGGGCAGGAUGGCAGGUCACACGAGGAGGUGCGGGUCCAGGAGGAGGUUCAGGAAAUCAGUGUCGAGCUGGAGCCCAAGUGUGACGUUGAGAUUGUAGCUCCUGAAGAAGAAGUCAAAGAAGAGGCAGCUUCUUCAGCCUGUGCCAUUGUCACAUCCACAGCCACCGUAGAGGUGGAGACAGCCAGCCAGGCCUCGGAGCCAGCCAGCCAGGCCUCGGAUGAAGACGACGUGCCAGUCACAGACAUCUACUUUCCGACAGACGAGAGGAGUUGGGUUUACUCCCCGCUCCACUAUAGCACUCAGCUGCACUCUGUCUCCGAUGAGGAGAGCGAUACAUAAUCUCUAUGCAGACACAGAAGUCCCAGAGAGCAGCGAUUCCCUCUGCAGGUCGAUGUGUUCCCUUUUCGUUGAUGCAGCCAUUCCAGUGGAUGGGGAAGAGCUUGCUGACACCAGUAUUGCUGCACUGCAGGAUCCCGGGCACUGCGUUUCAGAACGGAGCAAAACUAUAACCAUGUAUUUCUACUCACCCCAGACGUGGGCAGCAAAGAAACCACCCGCUCACCCGCAGCUCCCAGCAGAGAAUUCUAGCUGGGUGUAGAGAAUCCUGGGUAGUAACACAGUGUUUUCCAGAUGUGCACUACCAUAGCUACCUAUCCAUGUGUGAUACUGUGAACCUUUUUAAUUUUUUAAUCAUGUAUUUAUUUCUUUUAUCUUUGCACAGAGACAGCACACAUGUGCUUUUUUAAACAUUUAGUUUACUGCACUUUUUUUUCUUUUUUCUUCUUUUUUUUUUUUUUUUUUCUUUUUUGGUCAUAUAUUUGUGCAUCAAAAAGGAGCAUGAGAUUUCACCGAAGAAUGGGUAGGAGCACGUUGCUGGGGAGGGCAGGGAGUGGAGUGGCUUCAUGUGAGGCAGCAGUGUGGUCUCACCAGCUGAGGGAGUCAGGAGGUUUAAGGCUGUCCAGACACUGCCACGGUUUUUCCAAGUGGCCCAAGGCAAAUCACUAAACCACUCUGUGCCUCGGUUUCCCCCGUGCUAAUGGGUGCACAGUACCUGCUUCCGUUACAGCACUUAAACCCUGGGAUGAAAGGUGCUAUGAAAACGAAAUGUAUUAAAGGCCAUGGAAUAGAAUUGCUCCCAUGUUACCAUAGUCCAAAGCAGCCAUGCCAAUUCACUUGGAUCCAAACUCUCUAGUGACUUCUCCUGUCUGUGACACCGUGCGGGACAGCACACAGUUCCUGGUGACAGUGACGUGGACUCCUCAGCUCUCCUGAAGUCGUGAUGGGUUCCACCUUCACCCUGUGCUGCACUGCUGCGCCACCCCUCCCUCUGUGCUUGGAGUCCACACCUCGUCCAAGUGGCCACCGCCUGCUGCAGCCCCGCAGGCACGGACAGAUGGGAACUGGGCACCUCCCGAGCCUGGCCACGCUGGAGGGCAAUUUCCCCACUGUGCCCAGCCCAUGUGGGGCUUGUCCAGACCCUGCAUCCUCCUGGAGCCACUCAGCCCCCCUCACAUGCUUGUGGGUGUACCCUGGGGUCACGGACACUGGGCUCACACGUCCCCUGUGCCCCUCAGGACAGGCAGAGACACGAGGGCACGUCCAGUCACUGGAGGCAGGAAUGGGAGCCUGGCUCUGCCACGGAAUCGUGCCAGCACUGCUGUGCUCCUGGACUCUUGGACAGAAAGCUGCGUGGCUGGGGUGGUGCCUGGGGUCACGUCUGCUGGUGGAAAUCCCUGCUGCGGGGGUCUGAGAGGGUUUGCUUUGCAAGGGCUGUGGGCUGUAGGUGAGAGAAUUGAUGUCAGGGGUAGCGUUCAGCCUCAUCCAUCAGCAGGACACAUAUCAUAGCAUAGUCUGGAAUCCAGCAAUGCUGUCCUUAUCUCCCAGACAGAAAACAGAAAGUCCUUUAGACCAGAGGGAGACAGGUCUUGUUUGUGUGCUUUAUGAACCUCGCUUGAGAAAGAGUCUCUUUAUUCCCUUUACAAUCUUCACUGUCCUUGGGAUUCCAGGUAGAGGGGUGGGGAAGCAGGACCCUGCUCUCAGGCCUCAGUCCCCACAAUCUCUUCACAGCAGCACUCAGGAGUGGUUAUGUUGGGUCCCAGAAGGUAGCUGGGCUGAUGGGAAGCUCUUCCUUCUGUACUGUACUGAACUUAGUGAGAAUCUUCAGGAAUUGAUGUUUUUUUCUUGCCCAGAAUACAGGACCUGGACUUCCCUUCCCUGCCUGUAGAUGCAGAAGGCUGUGAGUUGUGCUUCUUGGGAGCACAGUCUGGGGAUGGUGCAAGUUGCUGCUGUUCAUGUAUCCAUGUAUUUACCAAAUAGUCUAUCAAAAGUCUCUCAAGAAACUCUCCCCUUUCUGUC